CUUUCACAUGGCCCAACUGUGCUUCUCACCAAAGCCCAAUACAGUUAAAAGCCUCGCCAGCCUCCUAUAAAUUCUAUCUUAAUUUUCCAGAAACCCUAACCUUUGCAUUCAGAGCUUUACAACCGGCGCCGGCGACUCAGUAAUCAGCCAUGGGUAAGGUACACGGAUCACUAGCUCGUGCUGGUAAGGUUAGAGGACAAACUCCAAAGGUUGCUAAGCAGGAUAAGAAGAAGAAGCCUAGAGGGCGUGCUCACAAGCGUAUGCAAUACAAUCGCAGAUUCGUUACUGCUGUUGUUGGCUUCGGAAAGAAGAGAGGACCAAACUCUUCUGAGAAGUAGAUGAGGGCAACAGUUACUUUAAGCCGGGUUCAAGAGUGUUUCGCUUAUGUUUUGUUUGUAAAUUUUGAUUCUCAGACCUCGUAAUGUGAGAAGACUAGUUUACUACCACCAUUUAGGAUGGGACGAAUACAUCUGUUUUGCCAGAGUUAAUUGAAUUUUAUUAAACUAUUUUCAUUCA